AUGUCGCUCGCAGACGCUCUUGAUGGCGGCAAGCCGAGCAACCCCGAACGACCCGAAACGUUCAUCAGCCCUAUGCAGCGUAAGCUGUAUGACCCCGGAGUGACCUUUGAAGAGUACCUCCAUUACGCAAAACUCACAAGAGAAGAGGAAAAGGCGGAGCAGAACAUCCCCCAGGCCGGACUUCUGCAGCAGGUUUUUCGGAGGUCAUCGGCCGCUCCUGAGGCCCAUCAGACGGCGCCGCAGAAUGGCGUCAGUUCCGAAGAAAGUCCUGAUACCAAGGAGAAAGUGGUGAAUGACAGAGACAAUGGGAAUGCCAAUGCCGCAGGACAGGACCGUCGCCGAUCUGGCCAUGCUAUCAUCACAGACGAUGAAUGGCGCAAUGCUGCCCGUGCCAUGAGAACUGCAAGUUGGGGCGCUGGCUUCUAUCUCAUUGCGACCGACAUCCUCGGCCCUUACGGUGUUGGCUUUGCACUUGGAACACUGGGCUGGGGUCCCGGCAUCGCGCUCUACACGGUCUUUGCAUUUAUGGCUGGCUACUCCGGUUAUCUUCUUUGGGAUGUGUACCUCGGGCUCGACUCGUACGAAUUUCCUCUUCGGAACUAUGGUGACCUGGCCUAUCGAACCAUGGGUAAUGUUGCCCGAUACGUGGUCAACAUCCUCCAGUCCAUCCAGCUGCUCCUCAUUUGUGGCCAAGUUAUCAUUCAGAACGGACAAGGUAUCUCUCAGACGUCCAAGUUUAGGCUCUGCUAUGCCGUUUGUGUGGUCCUGUUCGUGAUUGCCGGGUUUUUCAUGGGCCAGGUCCGCACGCUGCGCAACUUUGGCGUCUUCUCCAUGAUCGCCGUGGGCAUCAAUCUGCUGGUGAUUUUCAUCUCCAUGGGGGUGAUGGCGCAUUCGCCACCUAACUACGAGAUCAGCGUGCUCGGCUCCGCAGGCUCAGCCGUCAACGCAGACUCCAUUACCCCCGAUGCCCAGGGCAACUACCCGCCUAUUAUUCACUACGGCGGGCUCCCGGAUUCCAGCAACUUUGUCGGUGCCAUCAAUGGCCUCAUGUCGGGGGUUUUCGCCUAUGGCGGGGCCCAGUUGUUUGUUGAAAUCAUGGCCGAGAUGCGCCGGCCUUGGGACUUCAUCAAGUCUAUGUGGAUUGCGCAAUUCUUCAUCUGGUCCGUCUACCUCAUCUACGGCUGCUAUGUGUACCACUACCAAGGCCAGUACUCUUUUACCAUCUCAUACAUGGGUCUGAGUGUCUACGGCUUCCAAGCCGCGUGUGACAUGAUGGUUGUCAUAUCGGGUCUCAUCGCCGCGGGUCUCUACGGCAAUAUCGGCAUCAAGGUCCUGUACAACCAAGUCUUCCAGGAAAUCUUCAAUGCGCCGCCUCUCACGUCGAAGGCCGGCAAGUAUUUCUUUGCAACCAUCGUACCGAUCUACUGGAGCAUUGCUUUCGUCGUUGCCGCCGCCAUCCCAGACUACUUUGGGUUUGUCUCGGUCAUUGCCGCUUUCUGCGUCGUCCAGUUCAGCUACUCGUUUCCACCCAUCAUUCAUCUGGCGUAUAUGAUGCAGAAGAACUCGAUGCAGGAAGGCGAGGGCUUCAAUGAGACCACCGGGCAGACUGUGCGCGGUCAGCAUGGACCCAUGCGACUGGUCCGAGGAUUCUUUGCCCGACGCUGGUACGUCAACGUCUGGCAUCUCAUCCACGCUGGUGGGGCGCUGGUAACCGCUGGACUUGGUGCAUAUGCGGCCAUCGAAGGCAUGAUCGAAGCGUUCAAGAAUCCGCAGGUCAACUCGUUCACCUGUAGGAGUCCGCUAGAUCUGACCCCAGCCUAA